AGAGCUGCAGCGAUUCUCCACAGCCUGAAGCGAGAACAUGGAGGCGGCGUGCAAACCCGACGGUGGGGAGCAGAGUCAUCAAGGCAGCGGCGUGGACGCCCCUGGGGACUCUUCUAUGGACUGCUACUUGCGAUCUCAGGGCUUGUACAGAAAGAGAGUUGCCAAGGAUGGAUCUUGUCUUUUCAGGGCUGUGGCCGAGCAGGUGUUACACUCUCAGUCUCGGCAUAUCGAUGUUAGGAUGGCUUGUGUAGACUAUCUUCGGAAAAAUAGGGAGAAAUUUGAAGCAUUCAUAGAGGGGCCAUUUGAAGAGUAUUUAAAAUGCUUGGAAAAUCCACAGGAAUGGGUUGGACAAGUAGAAAUAAGUGCCCUUUCUCUUAUGUACAAGAAAGAUUUCAUAAUAUACCGGGAACCAAAUGCUUCUCCUUCCCAUGUAACUGAAAAUGGCUUUUCUGAUAAGGUAUUGCUGUGCUUCUCAAAUGGAAACCACUAUGAUAUUGUUUAUCCCAUAGAGUAUUCAGAAAAGGCUGCUCUGUGCCAGUCUCUGCUGUAUGAGUUGCUGUAUGAGAAAGUAUUUGAUACAGAUGUAAAGAAAAUCAUAGCAGAACUUAGUGCUGUUGGUGUGACAGAAGAAAGUAAUGGCAGCAGUGAAGUAUCUGCUUCAGAUUCAGAAGAUGACGACUACAGAAGUAAAGCUACAACAGUUAGUGAUAUGAAUGGAUUGAAGUCUCUUUCUGGAAACAAGCACCUUAAAAGCAAUGGGAAUCCUACCUUGUUGGUCUUACCCAAAAAAGUUCUUAAAUCACUCAAUCCAUCAGUUUACAGAAAUGUUGAAUAUGAUGUUUGGCUCCAAUCCAAAUGGGAUCAGCAAAAACAAGAUUUUUCUAUUGCUGCUGGCAUGCAAUACUCAGUUGGAGAUAAAUGUAAAGUGCGCUUAGACCAUAAUGGAAAAUUUUAUAAUGCCCAUAUUCAAGAAGUUUGUUCAGAGAAUGGGCCAGUUGUUGUAUUUGUAGAAGAGCUUGGAGCAAAGCAUGCUGUCUCACUGAAGAGCCUUAAACCUCUUCCACAGGCCUCUCCUAUGGAGGGCUGGAACACUGUGCCAGGGAAGAAGAUAAAAAAGUUUUUCCCAACAUGGGGGCAGAAUGCUCAGCCCGAUGCAGAUUGCAGAGGGCCAAAGAAUCAGAGCAAGUCAAUAAAACCCCAGUCAGCACUACCUCCUCGACUUCAGCAUACUGUGGGAACCAGGCAGCAUCAGUUCUUAUGUUCUGGACCCCAACCUCAUCAGACCUCAACUGAGCAAAAAGCUCCAGGCAGGAAUCCUUCCCAAACUGUAAGAAAACCAGACCGGGAGAGAACCGAGGAUCUGAACCAUGGCAGCAGAGAUUGUAACUACUUUGGCCUGUCUCCAGAGGAACGCAGGGAGAAACAGGCUAUAGAAGAAUCUCGUUCGCUUUAUGAGAUUCAGCAGAGGGAUGAACAAGCUUUUCCUGCUCUUUCCAGUAAUCAGUCAGGCUGUCAGGCUGCUACGCAGACUGUGGAUCAUUUAAACCAGAAAAAGUUCUCAAAUAAUGAGAGAAGAAACGGCAAGUGGAAAGCAGAGGUGGAAGAGCAGAAGGAUAAAGAGUCAAAUUCCAGGCAGACCCACUUAAGUCAGAAGCUUGAGCCAAAUUCAUCUGAGAAGAAUAGUCAAGAUGAGAGUUACCCAAAAGCUUCAUCUCCUUUGGAACAAGUGAAAACAGAUUCUCCGAUUCUUGCUGAGCAAAACCUGACAGAAUGCUUACCAAGCGUAACUCCAACACCCUCACCAGUCUUUUCUGAGGUGCAUUUACCUCCAGCAGUGCCUUCCGUACCCGCCGUUGUGCCAGCUUGGCCAAGUGAGCCAACAACCUAUGGACCAGCAGGUAUUCCAGCCCAAAUACCUGCUGCUUCAUUGAUGCCAGCCCCAGCAACGGGACCUGACUCUAUUGUAUCACAGGCUCAGGUAACAUCUGCUCCAGUUGCUGGAGUUCCUGUGUCGCUACAAGCAGUUAACCAGCCUUUAAUGCCUUUGCCUCAGACUCUGAAUCCUUACCAGGAUCCGCUAUACCCUGGAUUCCCUUUUAGUGAAAAGGGAGAAAGAGCCGUUGCACCCUCUUACUCCCUGUGCAAUACUGGGGAAGACUUACCUAAAGAUAAGAAUAUUCUUAGAUUUUUCUUCAAUCUUGGUGUGAAGGCAUACAGUUGUCCCAUGUGGGCACCCCAUUCCUACUUGUACCCCCUGCACCAGGCCUAUUUAGCUGCUUGUAGAAUGUAUCCAAACGUCUCCCUUCCCGUGUAUCCGCAUAACCCGUGGUUCCAGGAGGCUCCCCCGACUCAGAAUGAAAACGAAACUGCACGAAUAAACCGGCACUUUCCUGUUCAGAGUGAGGCCAGAUCCAACGGUCAAAUCCCACAGGUUGACAGUAGAUCUCCAUCACUGCCUCUGGUUAUACCUACAGCUCAGGUGUCGGAAAGUCAAGGCCAGGUCUGCGUGGAAUCGGAGAAUCCAGUGCAGGCUCUUCACGCAAACUAUGAGGAGUCCCUGAGAGGGAAAAACCUUUUCCCACAGCCACCCUUCGGACACAAUCACUUUCUAGGAGCUGUUCCAAUAGCACCUCCUUUCUUUCCUCACUUUUGGUAUGGGUACCCAGUUCAGGGCUUCAUUGAAAAUUCAGUAACGAGACCUAAUGUUGUCAUGUCACCUGAGGACAAAGAGGCAACAGCUAGCACGUCUGUGAACACGUAUGUGGCUAAAGAAUGCAGCCCUCCGGCUCCUGUAGGAAACUGCGCAGAACAGCGUCAGAAGACGAAUGGCAGCAGCGGCUCGAACACUGUACCGUUCCCUGGGGCUGGUGCAAGCAGUGAAUGCAGCGCCCCAAAAGAAACUUCAGCUAGGGCACCUCAGACGGAGCAAACUUGUCCUUCGGCUUCUCCCGCUAAGCAAAAAACAGCGGGGCAGCAAAAUCGUUCUCUGCAAACGCAGGGGACUGAGAGGCAGACCGUGGUGCCCAACACUCUGCCACUGUUGGCAGAACCACCGAAACAGGAACUGAAAAACAGCAUUCCCAGUCGUAAGGAGAAGACUGAUAAAGGCAGAGACUCCAAGGGUGCUGGUAAUCUGCAGCCAGAAAGCAGGGCACAGAGAACGAGGGAGGAGAGCUCUGAAGACGAGAGCGAAGUUUCCGAUAUGCUGAGAAGCGGUAGAUCCAAGCAGUUUUAUAACCAGACAUAUGGAGGAGGCAGACGGCCUAGACUGGAGUGGGGUUAUUCCAGCAGGGGAGGAUACCAGUUCCAAAGAAACGAGGAAGCCUGGAAAGGACCAGCCAGCAGAAGCAGAGAUGACAGCUACCAGUAUCAGCGAAACUUUAGAGGGAGGCCAUACAGGAAUGACCGGAGAAGGGCAACACUGGGAGAUAAUCAGAGGGGGCAUCAAGCAUAAAAUGAACGGAUAAUUGAAAGUUUUAAAAUGCAGAACGUAAUUUGAAGUAGCAGUUUAAAAUCUUAAUCUUUCUUUUUAGUGAAGUUCGAGGAUGUGUUUAACUUUCGGUGAGUGAAGACUAGGAGGAUGUGAACUCCUACCGUAUUUUUUUUUUUUUUGGAUUAUAGACUUCAUUUGGCUUAGCAUUUUUUCUUCAAUGUCAAAUUAAAAACAACAUAGGUUUAGCGUUUGAUCAUUUCCCCCACCCCCCCCAAAGGUUUGAGUUUGUGAUAGAAGAUGGAUACAUACGUAUGUUUACUAGAGUGACAAAUUAGAGCAUUUGACGUGAUCUAGAUUCCAAAAUUGAUGGUAACAUUGCACCAAAUAUAAACGUGUAUUUUAUCAUACAAUGCCUUAGUUCUGAACUGAGCUAAAGGAAUUCUCAGCCUACUGCACUGUUGUCUUUGAUAUGCUUCCAACCCAAAGGCCUUUCAUCUCAAAAAAAAUAAAUCUGUCAAACUUGAAUGUUUCUCUUCAGUGUGUAACACGUACGGCAGCCAGCUAACCCUGUGUCUUAGGUAUGUUGUAUAUAGUUCUUUUCAUAUUCAUAGGGUAUAUUUUUGAAUUUUAAAAAGCAUUUAUUUGUUGAACUCAAAAUCAAGACAAGCAGUCAAGAAUAGCUGUGUAUGAAUUGGUAAGAAUGGCUGUUUCCACCAAGAAUUCUUAAUGCCGGUGUGACUAGAACGGUGCCUAUGCCAACCGAAUAAUUACAAAGACAAUAAAAAUGUAGAUGCUAUGCAUUUCCAAAAUAAUUCUGCAUCUGUUGUAAUAGCAGAAGUUUUUUUAAUGCCACUUUAACACUAAUGCACUGACAAAUCCUAGAUAUUUUGUGAGGAGAGACGCAUAAAGUACAUGUUAAGUUUUUUUUAAGUUUGUAUGAUGGAGCUACUGUUCAGUAUUCUUUUGUUGUUGCACUGUUGAUGCAAAUGUAUGUUUUUGCAUGUACAACUCCUUGCUGGAACUCCUUUUAAAAGAAGCAAGAUGGAGAGGCUCGGUGUGCUCUGCUCUUCCCGACACUUCAGAAGAAAGUGGCUUCUGCCUUAUAUUUUUACACUGUGUCAGAGUUCUGAUGCUGUUUCUUCUGACCCUGACAAUGAUCUCUGCAGUGUUCCUCUUGCCUUUGCAGUUUGGUCAUUCAGCUGUCCAGACCUGGAGAGCGCAGUGUGCACAGCGUUCACUCGGCUCUGUUGCUCUGUAAAAUUAACUGUUGUGUAUAUUUUUAUAUCUCUGUAUAUACCAGUGUAGGUGAUGGUACCCUUUCAUUUAUGUCUGAGAUUGUACAUCCUCUAUCAGGAAACUUGAGUGACAGUUAUG